AUGUCCGCUAAGUCGGAACAGCGCCGUCCGAAUUUCGCCGGAUUCCCCGAUGUGAUAGUCUCUACUCCACAGAUUCUGCGAUUUGGAUUUGCUGGUUCCGCUAAAAAGCUUCCAAAUAUGAUUAGCUUGAAGCUGGCAUUGCUUAUCUGUUUCUGCAAGGGAAGAUGCUUAUUUGAAUCGCUUAUCUUGAAUCACCGUCUUCGCCGGGUUCGCCGGUCACCUCGCCAAAAACGUCUGGCUCCCCGCAGCUGGAAGUUUGCCGAGUUCCAAGGUUGA